AUGAAAGUAUCUGCUCCAUUUAUAGAUGUAAUUAUAGAGUAUGUGAAAUAUGUCAAGUCAAGACAGGAUAAAAAAGAGAGGUUUGCAAAUGCUAUAACACUGUUUAUGCUUCCUGGAAGGUCUGUUAGUUUAGAUGUGGACACCAGAUUGAACACCAACUUUAAGAUAAUUAAGGAUGUCGUUGAUUCGAGACAAGGAUUUGUUAGGCUAGCUGAAUUGGAUUCUGACUUCACUAUACUACCAAGUUCUGAGGAGUGUCAACAAGCAAUACAUAUAUGUGAGUGUUUGGAAGUGUUUGAUGCGAUUUCAACCAAAUUUGCAGGGAUUAAGUAUCCAAAAACAAAUAUGUAUUACAAUGGGGUGUAUGAUAUCAAUAAAUGCAUUAAAGGAUGCGAAACUAGUGAUCAUGUGUAUAUCAUAGAAAUGAGAUUGAAGAUGAGGUCAAAGUUUGAUAGCUAUUGA